UACAGUUUGAUAUUUGUUAUUGCAGUGCUCAGAAAAAUGCAGAACCCGAAGCCCGUAUUUUUGGAAGAUUGGCUAAGAAACUGCCUCCCUCUCUCUCAUCACCCAUUGCCUCAACCCUCUUCAGCCAGAGAUAUUGUUCACGCAUGGUCUCACCUGAGACUUUCUCUCUCUAACAAAGCCUUUCAAAAAGAGCACCUCAAUUCACUUGAAACACUUCAACUUUUUCUCUCCUCUCUGCAUGUCGCCGACCCACAAGCCAAACUCCUCCUUGCCAUUCUCUCUCUACCCAUACCCCAAGAACUGAGACCCCGUGCUUUCCAAAUCAUACUGAGAAUCCUUUCUUUAUGGGUGAGAAAAGCUUCCAAUCCGUCUUUAACUUUGCUGGAGUCCGCUGUUUCAGAGACCCAAAAGCUUCUUGGUGGUGGCCAUGGCGGUCGGAAGGGGCUCAUUCCAGUUGGUAUUCUUCUUCUUGGGGUAAUGGCUUCUAUACCCAAUUUGUCAGAAAGGUCGAAGGUGGGUUGUUUAGAACUUGUGUGCGAACUUUUACAGGGAGAGCAUGAAGAGAUUGGCGAGCAGCAAGGUAUGAUUCCUGAAGUUUUAGCUGGUGUUGGGUAUUCUCUCUCUUCUUUGGAUGAUGGGUUUUUCUUUGAUCGGAUUUUGGGCUUAUUGUUGGGCCUAUGGGUGGUCGAAGAUGGGCCAUGUGUUUCAGUUCCUCAUGGACUCAUGGUUUUGCAUUUGAUCGAAUGGUUGGUCUCUGGUUUUCUUCAAGUUCGUAAAUAUGACAAUAUUGAAUCAAUCUGUAGAAGAAUCGAGACAUCACAGAGAAAAAGUAGUGCUCUGGGUUCUCAAUUUGUCUCAGUCAUGGCUGCUUCCGGUGCUCUUAGGGCCUUCAAUUUGGAUAAAAGUGGAAAUAUUGGAAUAAGAAUUCUACUGGAAGGUGUAAUAGAUUUAGUUGCAGGAGAUUGGGUUUUGAAAACUGAUAUAAUUUCCAACUUGGAUCAGAGCCUAAUUCCUAAAUAUGAUAAAUUUGCAAGCCUUCUACUUCAAUGCAUCUCAAUUGGGGUUUCUCGAAUUGAUCAUGUUUCGUUCCAUCCCCACUUGUUCAUAUGCCUGGCUCUCUCCUUAUUGUUUGAAACCUUCCCUCUUCUCAGUCUAUAUCAGAGGAUAACUGAGAAUUAUAAGGGGGAAUUCGUUGUUUUCAUGCCUGAUCUAGUGAGAGAAACUAUGGCUAGUAUAGUGUUUAGAGAAGCUGGGGCUACUACUAGAGCCUUUUGCAACCAGUAUGUAUUAGCUGGAGAGGAACACAGGUUGAUGGUGGAGAAUUUGAUUUUGGAUUAUUGCCAGAGCGUUUAUUCUUAUCAUAGAAGGAUUGUUUUCAUGUUUAGAGAGAGAAAGGAAAUGCUCGAAGCUUUGGGGAAGAUCGCCCAAGAUGCAUUCUUGAUGAUUGUUGUUUUUCUUUCUACUGCAUCAAAGCAUAAGAUCUCCCCAAGCUUUUCUAAUGAAAUUCAGGCCGAUAUAUCAGUGAAGACCCUUAUGGCCUUUUCUUGUAUGGAGUAUUUUAGGCGAGUUCGGUUGGCUGAGUAUACAGAUACAAUUCGCCGCACUGUGUUGUGCAUUCAGGAAAAUGAAACUGCUCUCACCUCUUUUAUCAAUUCAGUACCACCUUAUGAUGAGUUGACGAAUCAUAGAGGUUGCUUAUGUUUGGAGGGAACAGAUUAUUCUUGGUCUCAAGAUGAUGUGCAGACUGCUCGUGUCUUCUUCUAUUUGAGGGUUCUUUCGACUUGCAUGGGGCACACCCCUGUGUCUGCAUUCAAGAAAUCUGUAGUUCCAACAAUGUUCCUAUACAUGCAACACCCAGCUAACAGAGUGGCUCGGGCUUCACAUUCGCUAUUCGUAGCUUUUAUAUCAACAGAGAAGGAAACUGACCAGGAUCAGAGAACCCAACUGAAGGAGCGAGUUGCUUUCUAUUAUAUGCAAAGAACUUUAGAGGCUUAUCCAGCCAUUACUCCGAUGGAGGGGCUGAGUUCUGGUGUUAUAGCCUUGGUCCGUCACCUACCACCUGGAAAUCCAGCAAUAUUUUAUGGCAUUCAUAGCCUUUUUGAUAAGACAUAUGAACUUUGUAUUGAAUCCACAGUCCAAAGCAACAAUAAUGAGGAGAAUAAGAAAGAAGUAAAAGAGCUUGGGAUGGAAUUAACAGAGUUGAUUCUGCGGCUUAUGUUCUUGGUGGAUAUUCAGGUACUCCCUGAUCUGUUAAAGCGCUUAGCACAGUUUGUCGUUCAACUUGCAGCAGAAAGGCAGAUUAUGGUGCUUAACGAGAUAUAUUCGCAAGUUGCAAGUUCUGAUGAUGUUGUGAGAAAACCCAUAUUAGUUCCAUGGCUACAUUCAGUUACUUAUUUAUGUUCCCCCAAUAAGAAAAUAUCAGGUAUAGGUAAUUCUGCUUCAAAUUCAGGAGGUGAGCUUGGGAAAAUGUCUGUAUGUAAUGUUGGAAAUUCGAGCGAAAACCAGACAGAGUCAAGCUCUUUAAUUCAUGUAUCUAGACUGUGAGGCUCAUUUGCCCUCUUGAAAUUUUCGUUGAUUUGCACUUGCCAUGAUAAUUUUUAUUUUAUUUUAUUUUAAGUUU